UUGUUAUUAUUAUUAGUUUUCAUUUUUUUUUUUUUUAAUUUCCAGUUUAUAUCUGUGGAUGAAACAAGCGGUGAAAUAACGGUUCGGGCAAAAUUAGAUCAUGAACUUGAAUCAGUUUACGAUUUUGUUGUUGUACCGAUUAGUGGCAUUGAAAAAUCAAUGCACGUUUACAUCCAUGUAAAUGAUGAAAACGAUAAUGCACCAGAAUUUCCUGUUUCAUCAAUAUCUGUAGAAGUAUCAGAGUAUGCACGACUACAUUCUGAAAUUUCAAUUCCAUCUGCUGUGGACAAAGAUUCACCACCAUAUAAUGUGCAAAAAUAUCAGAUAAAGUCUGGCAAUGUAAACAAUGCAUUUAGGUUAGCAACUAGAAAUGUUAAUUCUGUUGAAUAUGUUGAUUUGGUUGUAAACGGUGAACUAGAUCGGGAAUAUCGAGCUCAUUAUGAACUGAUCAUUGAGGCAGCUGAUGGUGGAAAUCCACCAAAGAUUGGAACGUUAAAUGUCAGUGUUAACAUUUUGGACGCUAACGAUAAUUCUCCGGAAUUUAGCGAACCAAGAUACUCUGCUGAAGUACCAUGGAACGUAACAGAGGGCUUCAACGUUAUAACUGUUCGUGCCAGCGAUCCUGAUCAGGGUUUAAACUCUAAAAUUGCCUACUCAUUAGUUCAGGCACAUCCAAGUUUGAAACCACAUUUUGGAAUCGAUUCUCGUACCGGUACUGUCACUGUUACAGAUGCAAGUUUUGAAGCCGGUUCAGUGCAUGAACUGCUUGUUGUUGCCAGCGAUCAUGGAUUACCGCAACCUUUACAAACCACAGCGUUUUUGACAAUAGUUGUUAGUAAAAGUACUGAGCCGAUACCGCAAUUUGACAUAUACUGGCUUACUGAUUCUGGUAAUCCACAGAUCUAUGAAAAUGCAACAGCCGGAUAUGUGCUUGCUCGUAUAGCGGUACAAAACGUUGAGCCUAACAGUGAGGUAGACUUAGAAGGUUGCGACUCUAUAUGUUUGGAACAAACGCAAAAGCAGAAUGUUUACUUAGCUUUAGCUUGUAAACUUCUGUUCGACCGAGAACUGAAAUCAUCCUACAGCAUAAAUUUUCUUAUAAAGAACAAUAAUGUUGUUAUUUUGGAGCACCCAGUUGUUCUUGAGGUGUUAGAUGUUAAUGACAAUGCACCUCAGUUUGGUAAUUCGAUGCUUCGAGUUACCUACAAUCGUUCAGGAGAUGAGGAAGAUGUUGUGCGUAUUGUGGCUACAGAUGCGGAUGCUGGAGAAAAUGCCAGAAUUCGUUACUCAAUUUUUGAGACCGAUCUUCGAUGUCCCAAUGGCGAAGUUCAAUUCCGUGUAAGAGCCGAGGACAAUGGUGUUCCUUCACUUUCUUCAGUCGUUGACGUGUUUGUGGAUAUUAUUGAAAGUGGUGAACACCCACCAGUGUUUUCCAAACCACUGUACGAAGUCACCGUUCGAGAAGACAUUGAUGUUGGCACCUGUCUUCUUGAAGUAAGUUUGCCAAGUCACUUUUAG